AUGAAGCGCUUUUCUAGGUUCAAGAAGAAACUGCGGUCCUCAAACUCGACCAAUGAACACUCGCCUCAGCCAAAAUCUGUACCCGAGCCAGCUUCAACUAGCCAGAUCACGACUCCAUCAGGCCAUCAAGCCAGCGGAUCUUCUUUGACAGUGCCGAUAGUGGGCUCUCAGGUUACCUUAUCCCCGUCCGCUGCGUCUGCCGAGCCAGAAACUGUUUCUCCGCCUCCAGAGGAAUCAGAAAGCACUAUCCUCAGUGUACCUGACCGACUGUGGAGCAAAGCCUACAACAUUCUCGAGGAGAAAGAACCCGAUACCGUCAAAAAGUACGAAGAGAUCUUGGACCAGGUGCAGCAUGAGUGGGUAGAUACAACGGCUCCGGAGGAGCUUCAGAGCCUGCAGCACUGCAAAAGCCUCGAAUCACGACAGAUGUGGAGAUUGGUCUAUUCUGGGCUUGAGAAGUCUAAGCGACAGGCUCAACUCAAAGAGAACAUAUCAACUGUUAUUGAAACCGUCGAUAAGCUCAAAGGUGUAGUAGACAAGGCGGUAAAAUACUCCACUGAAGCUGGAAUUGCAUGGGCGGGUGUCAGCCUUGGCUUAGAGAUCCUUUCAAAUCCCAUGAAAGAACCGGGCCUGAAUCGAGAAGGCAUUGCUUAUGUCGUGUCACGAAUGGAGUGGUACUGGAACUUGGCUGAGUUGGUCCUCCAGGAUAACUCGAGCGGUUCAUCUGCCGCGUUGAGAGCCAAUCUGGAAACUCAAAUCACUGACUUCUACACGAAGCUUCUAAUGUUUCAGAUGCGAAGCGCUUGUCUCUACUACAGGAACUGGGCAGUUGUUAUUCUACGAGAUGCAGUCAAGCUUGACGAUUGGGCUGGGGAGCUCAACACUAUCAAAGAUGCAGAACGUCUGAUUUGCAAGGACAUAGAGCAGUACGACAACCAGGAUAUCCGGUUGAAGCUGAAGAUGAUCGAAAUUUCUGCAGUGGAGCAAGCAGAGUCGCUGAAGAGUAUCUGCAAAUUUCUGAGAGAGGAGGCCCGAUUGAACGAAAAAAGACGGCAAGACGAUAAAGACAACGACUGCAUCGCCUCCCUGUUGAUCACGGACCCACGUAAGGACAAGAGAAGGAUCCAAAAACAGAAGGGUGAUCCACUCAGGGAAUCAUAUGAAUGGAUAUUGAAGAGCGAUGCCUACCAGACAUUCAUGGAUGAUCCAUCAAGUCGGGUUCUGUGGAUCAACGGACCACCCGGAAAGGGCAAAACGAUGCUGCUUUGCGGCAUAAUUGAUGAACUGCGAAAGGGUCUCAGGCCCGUGUCGUUCUUCCUGUGUCAAGCAAACGUCAAAGAAGAAGACUUGUCCAGUGAUAUUGCUGUCAUGAGAGGGUUGAUCUAUGUCCUUCUCGAGUAUCAGCCAUCUCUAAUGUCUGAGAUUCGUCCAAGUUAUGACAAACAAAAAGACAAGCUCUUCAACAGCAUCAAUAGCAGUGAACUUCUCAGCGACAUUCUAAGCAACAUGCUUCAAGAUCCAAGUCUGCGUGGUACAGUUUUGCUUGUGGAUGCUCUAGACGAGUGCACUAUCAACAGACCGAAGCUCACAAAUCUCAUCGCGGGUCUAUCUAAGUCCUGUAGCACUAAGUGGAUCGUCUCGAGUCGCGACUGGCCUGAGAUUUGUCAGGAGCUUGUAGAUGCAACAGGAUUGAUCUCGCUUGACCUUGAACAGGAGCGAGAAUCGGUUUCUCAGGCUGUCAAGUCAUUUAUCAGCCAGAAGGUUGAUGAUCUCGCAAAGAGGAAGUGGAAGAACGACCUGGACCUAAAAGAGAAAGUCUUCCAUUACAUGCAGUCUCAUGCCGAUGAUACAUUUCUUUGGGUAGCCUUGGUCUGCGAAAGGCUUGACGACUCAGGGAUCAGCAAGCGUUUGGUUGAGGAGGAGCUAGUUAAGUUCCCGACGAGCCUUACAGCCCUUUACCAGGCAAUGAUGGAUCGAAUUGCAGAUUCAUCCGAAGCUGAUCGACUGAAAAAGAUACUGGCCUUGGUUUGUGUCGUUUAUCGCCCUCUAAAAUCGUACGAGAUACCGACACUCAUCGAUUCUAUGGAUAACUACGACCAAGACGAUGUCAAAGACGCUAUCGCAUGUUGCGGCUCCUUCUUGACACUCCAAAAUGAAGAGAUCUUCUUUGUGCAUCAAUCAGCCAAGGAGUUUCUCCUCGAUCAAGGUCACGAAGUUCUCUUUCCUCACGGAACAAACCACAAGCAUGCGAACAUCUUCUCUCGAUCGCUUGAGGCCAUGGAGAAUACCCUUAGACAGGAUAUCUACAAACUUGGUUCGCCCGGAACUCUCAAUCCAGUUGAAGUCCCAAGUCCCGACCCACUAUGUGCUAUCAAAUACUCAUGCGUCCAUUGGGCGCAGCACUUUUGCAAGUCAGAGUCCCUGAAGGACCCUGGCCUUUUAGGCCUCAGAAGAGUGCUCGAAUUCUUUCAGUCGAAAUUUACAAAUUGGUUAGAAGCACUAAGUCUCAUGAAAGAAUUGUCUACAGCUAUUUCAAGUAUAGUCUUCCUGAAAACCACAUUUACCGGCAUUAAAAUGCAGGAGCUCAUCGAUUUCAUUAAUGACGCUCACCGAUUUGUUCGGAGUCACAAACGUGCUAUUGAAAUCUCUCCACUCCAGGUUUAUUGUGCUGCGCUUAUAUUUAGCCCUCAGAGCAGUGUUGUUCGUCAAAAGUUCUCCUCCCAGAUACCUGAGUGGAUCAUUGUCAAGCCAGAGAUGGAAAACCAUUGGGAUCAUCACAUACAAUCAAUUUAUAUCAACCACGAUGCACAUCACGCCAACCACUCUCCUGAUGGCUCCUACUUAGCUAUUUCAACUCGUGAAGGGUUCGAUGUCUAUGAAACAGUCUCGGGUAAUUUGGUUCACCAAGAGAAGAGCAGCAGGUAUUGGAAACAGCCAGUAUAUUCUCCAGAUGGGCUAUAUCUAUGCGUUAUGAACCGUGAAAGCAUCAUUAUCUUUUGUGCAACUACGUUCAGGUUGAUACGGGAACUGCAGCAGCCUGCUACACCCCAACGUUUCUUUUCAUCAAAAAGAAACAACACUACCAUUGCAAGUUGGGGAUUCAUGAAUUGGCAGCCUCGGGCAACUCAAUGUUUCUUCUUGCCAGAAACAAACAAUAUUACCAUUGUAAUUGGAGGAGACGUUGUGGUCAUGAAUUGGAAGACCGAAGAACCUAUAUCUAGUCUCAACCGGAUUGUCAAGUCAUCCAGCAAAAUAGCCUUAUUGAACGCAACUCAGAUUGUCGGGAUCUCCCCAGCUACCACGAGGGUUGAGAUCUGGGACUUAUACACAGGUGACUGCAAGCAACAUUUCGAUUGGGACGUUAAAGACAUUGGGUCAGUGGCCUGCUCAUUGGACGGGCAUCGGAUUGCAGCAGCAGCGUCACGAUCCACUAUCCGACUCUGGCACUUGGAUGGUACGCUGGGCUGGGUCCAUAAACACGACUUGAAUAGUGUUGAUGUGUCAUGUCUCACAUUCUCAGAAAAUAGCCUUAUGCUAAUCUCAGGCUCGUAUGGAAGUUCCAUCAUGGUCUGGGAUGAGACAGGAUGCUGUGUCAAGGAACUGAAGGGACACUCCGAAGCAAUCACGUACCUGUCAAUACGUAAAAACCAGUUGGCAUCUGUAAGCUGGGAUGAAACUGUUAAGUUUUGGGAUUUGUCUGAUGUUGUUUCGGACCAAGUCAGGCAGAAACAGCGAUCAUUGUCUCGGACAUGUGAUUAUUCAUCUCGAACAUCCCUGCAACGUUCUUAUCCUGACAGGAUGCAUAGCCUUCUAUUCUCUCCCACUGGCAGUAUGCUAGUAUCGGGAUCACCCGGAGAGACGCAUAUCUGGGAUACGGCGACAGAUAUCUGCACAGACAUCCUUCUUUCCAGUGGGGCUUCGGACCCUAUGCGGGUAAGCUUCACGCCCGAUGAUAAACUAGUGGCAAUGACAGACACGUAUGGCAAGCUCGGCAUUUGGGAAGCGGAUUCGUUGUCUGGUGUCAACAUUGACGGGGAAACGGGGCUGAAAAUCUGGGGUUCGAUCAAGGAUCCUCAAACAAAACAGCAUGUUAUCCUGCCAUUCGAGAAAUAUGGGAAGGUCACCCAAUUCUUUUAUCCAGAAGAUUGGAAAGUCCUGGCUACUUCUAACACCGGGGUCCAAGAAAUCCUGUAUCCAAGGUCGGGAAAGCGGGUCAAGAAGCAAUAUUCAAUUCCCUGGACGAGUCCUUUGGCAGUUUACCCAGACGAUACAUGGAUCUUGACACACGGUAUACACCGGAAUUCCUUUGCUAUCAGAGAAGUGACCUAUCCCUACGAUGAGAAAGAUCUCGGAUCUCUUGAAGCAGAUGCUAUACCGCGCGAUACCCCGCUGCUUGAGAAACCCUGGUGGAGGGUAGCCACGCGAUAUGGGGUACUGGCAGUUGGCGAACCGAGAGAUUUCGAGGGAACAGCGCGUGUUGGAUGGGGUUUGUCCCUGAAAAUGGACUGGGUUAUGCGGGGGAAUGAACGAAUGCUAUGGAUACCUGCCGAAUAUCGCCGGAUGGCGUUGGAUGUUAACGCUUCGCGAGUAGCCUUUGUUUGCCUUUCGGGCCAGAUACAAAUCAUGAGGUUCAGAUAG